UAGAGUGUCAGAGACGAGCAAGUCAGUCUGGAGCUAACUGCGCACGGAAGUUAAAUUCCUUCCCUUGCUUCUCUUUGCACCUGACGAGCUGCUCACUCAGUCAUGGCCGCUAAGAGAGCCUUGGUCAUCCUGUCGAAGGGUGCAGAGGAGAUGGAGACCGUUAUCCCGGUGGACAUCAUGCGAAGAGCCGGGAUUGCAGUGACAGUGGCGGGGCUGACUGGUAAAGAGCCGGUGCAGUGCAGCAGAAAUGUCCUGAUCUGUCCCGAUGCAAGCUUGGAGGACGCCAGAAAACAGGGCCCCUAUGAUGUGGUUCUUCUUCCAGGGGGAAUGCCAGGGGCGCAGAACUUGGCGGAGUCUCCUGCUGUGAGUGAAGUACUGAAGGACCAAGAUGGCAGGAAAGGCCUUAUUGCGGCCAUCUGUGCAGGUCCGACUGCUCUUCUGGCGCAUGGCAUCGGCUACGGUAGCACUGUGACCACACAUCCAGCUAUGAAGGACAAGAUGAUGGCUGGAGAUCACUAUAAAUAUUCUGAGGCUCGAGUGCAGAAGGAUGGCCAUUACAUCACCAGCCGUGGGCCCGGAACCAGUUUCGAAUUCGCCCUGACUAUCGUAGAGGAGCUUCUGGGGGCUGAGGUUGCCGCUCAAGUCAAGGCUCCGCUCGUUAUGAAAGAGUAACUGUAGCCGCUUCACAGCUGCUCACGGGCCGCAACUUUAGUACAACUGUUGGAGGACUUCCCAAAAACUGAAAUGGCCGCUAAGGGGAAAACAAUCUCCAGAUGUACCCAAUGAUGUGGUCAGUGAGUGAAGAGUGCUCCUCCUUCAUUUGCACUUGAAACCAGCCUCGAUUGUCCUUUCAACAUGAACUUCAAUGUAACUAAUCACUGCACAGCAUUUUUGAAUAACCCACAAUAAACUCAAUGUUACAAUAA